GCACUAGAACUUUUUAAGACCUUUCAUAUAAAAAAAGAAUCAUCUCAAUAUCUGCCAUAGUUUUUGCGUUAUUUGAUAUAAACUUUUACAUUGGAACUUAGGUAUGCCCAGAAACGCAAGGAACGGCCUUAAUUAAAUUUUGUAGAGGUGUCAUACAAGGGGAUACAAUCUCACCCAAACUAUUUACUUUGGCGUUGGAAGACAUUUUAAAAUUUAUAGACUGGGACAAUAGAGGGAUUUGUAUAAACGGGAAAUAUUUAAAUCAUCUAAGAUUCGUCGAUAAUGUACUCCUGAUAGCAACAACUAUGGAACAACUACGAAUAAUGAUUUCAGAUCUAGAAAAAACAUCUCUUGAGAAAGUACUAAAAAUGAAUCUAGAGAAAACUAAAAUAAUGACUAAUACAGUAGACAGAUCAGUAACUACCAUAGGUGGAACAAACAUAGAACACGUCCAAGAAUAUAUUUACUUAGGACAAGCUAUCAGAGCAGACAAAAGUAACCAGACUGAAGAAAAAACCAGAAGAAUAAGAAUGGGGCAUGUUGCAUUCAGAAAACUCUUAUAUACUAUCAAAAACCAAAAAAAUACCUUUAAAAUUAAGAACGAAGGUAAUGCAUGCGUCUUACCUGUUCUGACAUAUGGUGUCCAGACGUAGACGUGUACCAAGAGCAACUUAGAUAGAAUAAAAAAAACUCAAAGAGCUAUGUAUAGACAAAUGUUGGGAAUAUCGUUGAGAGAUAAAAAGAGGAACGAGUGGAUGAGAUGCAUUGAAAUUAAAAAUGAAAUAGGCUGGGCAUAA